UUUAAUGUGCAUGCAUUUGGAAAUGUGUGUUUGUUUGAUUGCCAACAAGUUUAUAAACUUCUAUGGACAGUAAUAUUGUAACACUAAUUGACAUCAUCGGCUGAUGAAAAUAAAAAAAUGACACAGGUCUGACUGAUUUAUUUCGUGAUGACCAGCGUAUGAUAGUGAUGAAUUAAGAUGUGUUUGCACGUCAUCUUGCCUAUCCCUGGAUUUAUCUGCCGCUGAUCUACUGGUCGCAAGUGAAAAAUAAAUUAACAGUUAUACCAACGUCUUAGACUCUCAACAAGGUUGCUUGCGAGAUCUGCAGGAGAAUGAGUUCAAAACAAAAAGCAAAGCCUUCAAGACGGUUAAAAUCACCAAAACAGACAGGGAAAUCAAAGAAAGGACAAAAUCAGACUGUUCUGUCUAUGUUUAAGAAUGCCAAGACUGUUUCAAAGCCAGGGGAUAAGAGGAAAUCAAGUGAUGGAAAGGAAGUUGUAGUACUGAGUGAUCACGAGGAUGAUGAUUUUGCCACUGUGAAAGUACAAUCAAAAUCCAAAUAUUUUAAAAGCAGAAUUACCAAUGAAGAUGAUCCUCUUGAAGCUGGUACAGGCAUGGAGGAUGCUGUGUCCAGUAAUGAUGGACCACCUCAGCAGCCAUCAACUUCUAGAAGGCUAAGUCUACGACUACGGUCUGCCAGUAAAAGAAGUCUGUCAGAUGUCGGUGACCUCCAGCGAAUCAAUUUGGAAAAAGAUAACGAACCUCCAAAGGAUAUCUUAGGUUCAUCUCAAAAAGAAAAUGAAACAAGUCCUCCUGCUGAACCUGUUGGUCUUAUAAGGCGAAAGGAGGAUGGUGAAAUUGUAACAAAACAAAUAACAGCCUCGAAAGAAUCGGACAGUCUUCAAACCCACAAUGCUCUUUCAAGUAGUAUUCAAGGAUCUGAUAUAAAGUUAAGUCCAUCCAAAAAACUUUCUUUGAUGAAAAGAUCAACGGUGAGUGGGGGAAACUGUGUUCCUAAGGAGGAGAAAAAAACCAAUAGACGAUCACUGUCAUUACGACAAAACACCUCCACAAACCCAGUAAUAGACUUAAGAUAUGAGUCUACUGGUAGUUCAGCCUCCAUCACUGAUGAUGGCAGUGAUGAUGACUUUGUUGAUUCGACAAAGAAAAGAAAAUUAAGCCUUCCUCCUUUGAAAAAAUCAAAUUCAACAAAUAUUCAGUCACAGCAGAAACUGAAGAUGAAAGAGUCUGUGUCUAACCAAUGUAACAGUUCUGAUAUGUCUGAAGUGAAGGCAAAAUUUGUUUCAAGCAAUUCCAGAGAAAAUUCUAAAAUGUUGUGGAACAAACUGUUCCAGAGUAAAAAGAAGGUAGAGGAGAAACUUCAGGUUGAAAAAUCAUGUGAUAAAAACUCAACUGUUGAAAAAGUACACAGUGAAAAGACAGCCAAUUUAACCGGUGAUGGAACAGUGUCUGAAGGUCAGCAUCUGGGAACAGAGCACCCACUAUCCAGGGAGCAGCAGGCACAGGGAGAUGGAGCUGGUGUGCUGGAGAAAGAUGAAGAAGAUGACAGGACAGGAACCAGUGAGAAGACAGUAGAAGAUCCUACGGCUGACACAGAGGACACAGAAGACAAGGGAGAGGGGAAGUAUCGGGUGCCGUACUAUCUGGACAACUUCCGCACGGUCCUCACUGCGGUGCUGGCUGAUGAAGACAACUGCAGGCUGUUGGACGAUGUUGACAACAACUGCAUCAAGACAUUCAAUACAUUAUCAGAGUCAGGCCAGAAGCUGUAUGUUCGACUUUUCUCAAGGAAACUGUCAUGGUUGCCAGUGGGUAAGAUCUCGUACCCGGAGAUCGGCAAUGAUCUGACCACAGUCCUGCAGGAGUUAGUGGAUGCUGGGAUGGCCAUGUCCGAAUCUAGCCUUGAUGACCUUGAACAGACUCUGAAGGUCAUGUCUGCUGGCGACCUGAAGACUUUGGCCAAAUCAUUCCACAUCAAUGGGGCAGGUCUGACCAAGCCACAGACAUGCGAUGCUCUGCUAAAGAAGAGCAAACAGAGCACAGUGACGUCCAUGUUCGGGGGAGGAGGGAAAGGGGCAGGUGCAGCCAUGCUGGGAAGAGCCAAGAAGCUGCUAGGUCGGUCAUUCCGCCUACUGGAUGGUCCCCGACGGGUGUUUGUGAGGUUGCUGAUGUUGUUCUCGGUCAUCCACUCGUGGCUGGAGGAGGACCAGGGCAGCGGUGGCCAGACACAGCUUUACCACAUGCUGCUGGUCAACAUGGGGAAGGUAGUGUAUCCCCAGUUCAAGGUCAACAAGCAGACGUCUCUCAUCAGGGACCGGGAGGGGCUGCUGAGGUUUGAGCGAGCUAUGCAGUGUGACAACGACCUGUCUGGAUGUGUGGAUAAGAACAACUGGGCUGGGGCAUACAGCCAUUACCUGGAGGCCAGGGAGGAUUACCUGGCAUUGAUGAAGAACAAGCAGCUGGUCAGUUUUGACAAGUCGCUGCCCUUCUACCUGCGGUCCUGCACAGCUGGGUCUGUCCUGACUAAAGUCCUGAACCAGGGUAUCGAGAUUGUGCAGCGCAGGAAGGACUACCCCGCCGCAGUGGCACUCAUAGAGGAGCUGCUGGGACAAGACGUGUACUGUAACGACUACCGGGGGUACUGGUGGGAGAGACUCGCCCUCAACCUGGAGGUCCAUCUCAAGAAACCUCAGCAGGCCCUAGAGGCAAUAUCUAAGGGGCUUGCUGACCCUUGUGUCAAGGUCGGACAUCGCCUGGCCUUGUACCUUAGAGCAGAGAAACUCUGUACUGGACCCAAUUCCAAAUACAGGCACCGGAUGAAGAAAUUCUCACAUGAUGAAGUCAUAGAGGCACCAAAGCAAACUCUAGAAGGGCGGGUGUUGCCUCAUUCCAUCCCUGGGCUCAAGUUAAGCUUUAUGACGGAGGACUCGUACGUCGAUGGCAACUCUGAGGAUGUGACGGUCUGCGCGGUGGAGGAACUGGUCCUCGGCCACUACAAGAACCACGGGUACCCUGAAGGUCUCCAUGCCGAGGGCUCCAUCAUCAGCAACCUGUUCAACCUCUACUUCUGGGAUGUUGUCUUCAUGGACGUCCCUGAUGCCUUCCACAGCCCAUACCAGACUCAGCCCCUGGACUUCCACAGCAACUUCUUCUACACCAGGCGACAGGAGGCCAUCGACACCCGUCUACAGGAACUGGAGGAGGCAACUGAGGAGGCUCUACAUGACAUGAUGGCAGCUACCUGGAAUGACCACAAUGGAGAGAUGUGUGCAGGCCUCAACUGGGAGAGAUUCAAGAGUCUGGAACAUGCUCAGGGGCUGGUGAGCUGUAUUGGAGGGAAGAAGUUGGCAGGGAUGAUGAGGCGGUAUGCCAUGGAGCCUCGACAUACACGCAGCGGCUUCCCCGACCUCACUCUGUGGAACACAGAUACUAAAACAUUCAAGAUCUGUGAGGUCAAAGGCCCAGGGGAUCGUCUGUCACACAAACAGAUUCUGUGGCUGGAUGCCCUGCUCAAACUGGGAGUGGAUGCUGAGGUCUGCUAUGUUAAAGCUGUUGGUGCCAAGAAACUGAAACCUGUGGCCAGUACUUCCACCUCCUGAUAUUUCUACAGAGGUUGGAUGUCUGACAUGGACAGUGGUCUCACCAUUCCAGUUCACUUCAUUAUCUACAAGUCAACAAUGACAGACCUCUGAAGCAGAAGACUUAAACUGGCAUUAAGUGUUGAAGUGGCAUUAUUUAUAUACAGGAGGGUUUAGCUUGGUAUGUUACAGAUUUUGAAUGGAAGAUUACAGACUUUAGUGUAAAGUGCUGAGGAAUGGGUAGGUGUUGAACGACAAAGUCCUUGAAAUCAACUAUAUAUGAUAGGAUAUGAUGAAAA